AUGGCCCUCGACAAGAUCCGCCAAUACCUGAACGUCGAGUACGCGCCGGGGGAACGCAAGCUCCUGAGAAAAUGUGACUUCUUCAUCUUGACCUUUUGCUGUCUGAGCUACUUGGUGAAUUAUCUCGACCGCACCAACCUCAACAAUGCCUACGUCUCGGGCAUGAAGGAGGAGCUGGGCUUCGUGGGUGACCAGCUCAACCAGAUCAACACUUGCUUUACAAUCGGCUACGUCCUCGGCCAGGUCCCCUCCAACCUGUCGCUGCACUACGUCAAGCCGCGCAUCUGGUUCCCGCUGAUGAUGGUCGUCUGGGGCGCGCUGACCAUGUGCACCGCCAGCGUGCACAGCCCGCAGUCCAUCAUGGCCAUCCGCUUCCUCCAGGGCAUCGCCGAGGCCUCGACCUUUGUCGGCACGCACUACAUCCUCGGCGCCUGGUACACGGAGCGCGAGCUCGGCAAGCGCAGCGGCAUCUUCACGGCCUCGGGCCUCGCCGGCACCUUCUUCGGCGGCUUCAUCCAGACGGGCAUCCACGCCAGCAUGGACGGCCUGCACGGCCUCAGCGGCUGGCGCUGGCUGUUCAUCAUCGACGGCCUCAUGACGCUGCCCGUCGCGCUCUACGGCUUCCUGUGCUUCCCGGACACGCCGCACACGACGACGGCCUUCUACUUCAGCGAGGAAGAGAAGGCCCUCGCGCGCGCCCGCGUGCCCGUCGUCGUCCAGGAGGAGCGGUCGCCGCUGACGCUGCGGUUCGCCAGAAAGGUCCUCACGUCGUGGUACUGGUGGGGCUUCGUCGUGCUCUGGAUCGUCGCGGGCGAGACCGAGUCCUUCAGCACCAACGCGCUGCUGGGGCUCUACAUGAAGAGCCACCCCGUCCACAAGUACAGCGUGGCGCAGCUCAACAACUACCCGACGGGCGUGCCCGCCGUGGGCAUCGUGUCGACGCUCUUCUGGGCGACGCUGACGGACCUGCUCGGCGGCAAGCGGUACCUCGUCGCGUACUUCAUCGGCGCCACCGGCGUCGCGACGUCGGCCAUGGUGCUGGUGGCGGCCCGGGACCCGACGAGCGCCGGGUCGACGGCCGUCGUCUUCGGCGCCUACUACUGGGCGGGCGCCGUGUACGCCUGCCAGGCGACCUUCUUCGCCUGGUGCAACGACGCGAUGCGGUACGAGGAGGGCGUCUUCCGCGGCGUCGUGCUGGCGGGCAUGAACCUGGGGAGCAACGCCGUCAACGCGUGGUGGAGCAUCCUGUUCUACGGCGCCUCCAUGGCGCCGUGGUUCACCAGGGGCAUGUGGGCCAUGAUCGCCAGCUCCAUCGCCCUGAUCGUCUGGACGAGCGGCCUCACGUACCUGGCGCACCGGGAGGAGCAGCGGAGGGUUUUGAACGCGGAGGCGGGGGAGACGGGGUCGGUUGCCAAGAGGUCCGACACGAAGGACGACGAUGCCGUUUGA